UAUUCCUUUGAUUAAAUCGGGGGACGAAGCUGAUGGAUUAUUUCCACAUUCUCCCUGUUGAGAUAACAUUAGACAUUUUGAAGCGUCUACCAGUUGAAACAGUUAAAGAAUGUAAAUUGGUUUCCAAAACGUGGAAAAAUCUCAUUCAUCAUCCAAAAUUCGCUGAGAUGCACUUCACUCGUCUUUGCGAUUCUUCCACAGAAAAUGUGACCGAGUUGGUUCACAAGUUGACUGAACUCGAAGCAAUUUCUGAAAAUGAAGUUGAGAAUUGGUAUAAGACUGAAGAAGCGUUUAAGAAUUUCAUGGACUUCUAUUUACAAAUUCUUCUGGAAAUAAUGCAGAUGGUAAAGUCUUUGUUACAUUUUGGUAAGGUAAUGGAGAACCAUAAUCUGCCCAUUACUGACUUGGGUGGAAGGUAUAAUUCAGAGAAAUCUAAAGAGAUUUGUUGCUCUGGUCUUGUAGAGAGUCGGAGGCUGUUUACGGAAAAUUGUAGGUUGUAUAAUGAGUUUCUAAAGUCAAAAGGAAAUGUGAGAGUGUAUGGUCGUGUACGACCGUGCCCCGACAAAAAUCAGACAACUAUACAAUCUAUUGGCGAGAAUGGGGAGCUUGUUAUUGCAGACCCUUCCAUACACACGGAUGAUGGUCAUAGGUUGUUCAAGUUUAACAAGGUUUAUGAUCAACAAGCUACUAAGGAGGAAAUAUUUUUAGAUACACAACCGGUGAUAAGAUCUGUUAUUGAUGGUUACAAUGUGUGCAUCUUCACUCUCGGUCAGUCUGGCUGGGAGAAGACUAAUAAGACUGGCCUCGGUGCAUUGUCUCCAAAGAAUUGGGGUGUCCAUUUCGAAGCCCUUAAUGUUCUUUUUCAAAUGUCCAGGAAAAGAAGAAACUCCUUUACAUACAAAAUUGAUGUUCAAAUGGUUGAAAUCUAUAAUGAACAAGUCCGUGAUUUGCUCCAGAUAGGCGUCUCUCAUAAUAACUCACAACCCAAUGGGUUAACUGUUGCUGAUGCCAGCAUGCACCCUGUUGAAUCAGUCUCGGAUGUCGUAAAAUUCAUGCAAAUUGGACUAGCAAAACAGGCAAGAGGUCUGACUGCUGUCAAUGAAAGAAGUUUUAGAUCACACAGUAUUCUUACAGUUCAUGUGAAAGGUACAGACUUGGUUACAGAGGCCACACUGCGUGGUAGUCUCCACUUAGUUGAUCUUGCUAGAAGUGGAAGUGUUGACUGCUCCCAGGUAACUAGAGGCAGACUCCGGGAAGCACAAUAUAUAAGCAAAUCAUUAUCUGCCCUUGGCGAUGUUAUGUUUUCUCUAUCCCAAAAGAACGAUCAUGUACCUUACGCAGAUAGCCAACUAACUCAAGUACUCCAGAGCUCUCUAGGUGGUCAGGCAAAGACUGUCAUGUUUGUGCAACUCAAUCCUGAUGUUGAUGCAUACUCUGAGACUCUAAGUACCUUAAACUUUGUCGAAAGGUUCUCUGGGGUUGAGGUGGGUUCUGCAGAGAAUUAAAGAAUCAGGUAUAUCUCAUUCAGAUCUGUGCCAUUAUCUUCAUUUUAUGAUUCUGGAUUUGAGAUCAUGUGCAUGUGUCUCUGCCAAGAUGAGCCUAAUUGAAUUUCUAGCUUUUUAACAAAGUCUCAAACGUAACCUUCGUCAUUAACAAUUAAACAUAGUGCUUCGUUCGUCAGUUGUCUUUUUGAUUAUACCUGGGAUGUUCAGAUUUAAUGCAAGGAUCAGUAGGUCGUCUUUAGAUUAAUUAGGUUGAUGACAGCUGCUGGAGUUCUUCAUCGCCAUGUGGGAGAAAAUAGGUUAUGUAGUGGCAGAAUGUUUGAAGAGUGGUGAGUUCCUGUUAAUAUCAGAUAAGGAUAUUGGCAGGUAAUACUCUGGUUCUAUAUGAGAUUCUGUAUGUAUUAGAGAAGGGAUUUCUGUAGUGCUCUGGAUGUUUAUGACUGAAAGAUUGAAACAGGAUUAAAAUGCUAGAAUUCCUAAGGUUCGUAAUGAUUUAGAAUGCUAUGCUAGUCUUGUGUGCAUGUAAUGAGCCUAGCCUAGGCAUACUUCAUGUGAGGCAAUAGCAUAUGGAGGACUUCGACUAAAAAACUGUAGAGGAGAAAUUUAAAUUGCUUGAAUAUGUGAGGAAAGAAUGUAGUAAAGGCAUCUUCUCUAGAACUAUCCGUUGACAGUCAAUGAUUUUUUUUUGUUGUUGUUAGAUUAGGAGUAUUUUCUCUUAAGUUAUUGGUUCUUUUUGUUUUUAUAUUUUACCUUUAAACGACAUUUCUGUUAUCUGCUUUUCAUUUUAUGGAAACGUUGUUUGGCUAACCCUACUUUUUGUCCACUCUAUCUUCGGUUGCAGUCUCAUUGUGAUCCCACACAAGCAAAUUUUACUUUCUUUUCUUUUGCCAAAGAGGAGUCUCUGUUUUAUCUAUUACUACAUCUGUGCUUUUGUUUAUGGAAAGGAAAUGAUUAGUCCAAGCAACAACGCUGAUGGAUUUAGGUUUGAUGGUAGGUGAACCUAAGCUGGAUGGCAGAUUGAUCAAUCAGCAGUUCUCAAGCUAACCCUUAGUAUUAGAUAACUUCCUCGCAUCAAUCUCCAUCAAUUUUGUCUCAGAAUACUUGAGCAUUUUCCUUUUUUUUCUUUUUGUCAAAUGCUUAGGAAAUUUAGCCGAGUUAGGAUGGGUUUUCAAGCAAUCUUUUGCAGGGUUCUUUUCCGCUGGUGAACAACUGAUGUAAUUUCACACUUAUGAUGUAUCGCCUCGUAUUAGCAACGGAACUCGUUCUUGGUUUAACUAGUGUUUACAGGCUAUGAAAAUGAUUUUUUUAUUU